AUGCGGUGGUUCCAGCUUCUCGCAGCGUCGCUGCUGCCCUUCACAGCUCUUGCCGCCAAGAAGACUGGCGACAAGUUCACCGACGCCCGCGCCAAAUCGCUGCAGAUUGGUCGCCCGCUCAAGCUCGACGACGGCGGUUACGACUCCCUGACCAAGGGCCAGAGGGACUUCUCGGUUGCGGUGCUGCUGACUGCACUGGAGACACGAUUUGGAUGUGUGCUUUGCAGAGAGUUCCAGCCAGAGUGGGAUCUGCUGGGCAAGAGCUGGACCACGGGCGACAAGAAUGGACAGACCAGGACGCUCUUUGGAACACUGGACUUUGUAGAUGGCAAGAACACGUUCCAGUCGCUCCAGCUCCAGACGGCACCUGUCCUCCUCUUCUUCCCACCCACCGUCGGCCCCGGCGCGAAGGCUGACGCCCAGCCCGUCCGCUACGACUUCACGUCUGGUCCUCAGUCUGCCGAGCAGAUCCACGCCUGGGUCUCGCGCAUGCUGCCCGCCGACGUCUCCAAGCCCAAGGUCUCGCGCCCAAUCAAUUGGGUCAAGAUCAUCUCCGUGACUACGGCCGCCCUCGGAGGUAUCACCGCUCUCGCUGUCGCCUCGCCGUACAUCCUCCCCCUGCUCCAGAACCGCAACCUCUGGGCCGCCUUCUCCCUCAUCGCCGUCCUGCUCUUCACCUCGGGCCACAUGUUCAACCACAUCCGCAAGACACCUUACGUGCAGGGCGACGGCAAGGGCGGCAUCAGCUACUUCGCCGGCGGCUUCAGCAACCAGUUCGGCCUCGAGUCGCAGAUCGUUGCUGCCAUCUACGGCGUCUUGGCGUUCGCGACCAUCUCGCUGGCGCUCAAGGUGCCCAGGAUCGCAGACGCAAGGGCUCAGCAGUUUGCCGUGUUCUUGUGGAGCGGUGUUCUGCUGUGCAUGUACAGCUACUUGCUCAGCGUAUUCAGGCAAAAGAACGGCGGCUACCAGUUCUGGCUGCCUCCCUUCUAG